GUCAUGAUGUUGCGCCGCCGCACGGGCAAGGACGACACCUCGUCCCGCGACGGCAACAAACGGGAUCUCGAUUCACAAACAGAGGAGGAUCGUCUUCGUGCAGAAUUCGAUGGUGCCAAGGUUAAGCAGCUCGUCAUUCAACCUCCGCGACGGAGCAAGCGUCGCAAUGGGCUGAUCUUCGUGCUGGGCGGCCUCUUUGGCAUCUUCAUUGCGGUGUUCUUCGCGAACCAGCAGGAGGUUAUCAGCUUAGAGUCACUGCUGGAACUGAAUCUCGAUUCUUUAAUUGAUGUCAUCCCACAAGGAAUUAUGCGUGAUGCGAGGGAGUUUUCGGAAAUACAGCAACACGAACGCGAUGCCAUCAAUUAUGAUUCGUUCGCGAUCGGCCUCCACCUCCAAGCACAAGGCGUCGAAGCUAAACAUCCUGUCGUGAUGAUCCCUGGGGUUAUUUCCACGGGCCUCGAGAGUUGGGGAACUGGAGAUAAUUCGCGUCAAUACUUCCGUCGGAGAUUAUGGGGCAGUUGGAGCAUGAUGCGGGCGCUGGUUAUGGACAAGGCAGAGUGGAAGAAUCACGUCAUGCUUGAUCGGGAGACUGGCUUGGAUCCGCCCGGUAUCAAGUUACGUGCAGCGCAGGGCUUCGAUGCGACCGACUUCUUUAUCACAGGAUACUGGAUAUGGAAUAAGAUCUUGGAAAACCUGGCAACAAUCGGCUAUGAUCCGACAAAUGCCUUUACAGCUGCAUACGACUGGCGACUAUCCUAUCCGAACUUGGAAGUUCGUGAUAAUUACUUCAGUCGGCUCAAGUCUUAUAUUGAGACUGCGGUCGAAACGCAAGGAGAGAAGAUCACUCUGACAUCGCACAGCAUGGGGUCACAGGUCGUGCUAUACUUCUUCAAGUGGGUAGAGAGCGAAGACCAUGGCAAGGGGGGCAAGGACUGGGUGAAUAAGCACGUUGAUUCCUGGAUCAAUAUCAGCGGAUGUAUGCUUGGUGCCGUCAAAGGCUUGACGGCUGUACUUUCAGGAGAGAUGCGCGACACAGCGCAACUGAACGCCUUUGCCGUCUACGGACUUGAAAAAUUUCUUUCCAAAGAAGAGCGAGCUGAGAUCUUCCGUGCCAUGCCAGGCAUCUCCAGCAUGUUGCCCAAGGGCGGCGAAGCUGUGUGGGGAAAUGCAACAUGGGCACCGGAUGAUCAGCCAGGCCAGGCGAUGAGUUUUGGCAAUUUACUGAACUUCCGCGAGACCAACUCAUCUUGGACGCGGCGCAACCUCACUGCUCCUGAAAGUCUGCAGUACCUUCUUGACCAAAGUGAGGACUGGUACCGCAAUCAGGUACUGGGGAGCUACUCGCACGGAGUCGCGCAUACCGCAGCCGAAGUUGAGGCCAACGAGAAAGACCCACGUACAUGGCUCAACCCACUUGAGACUCGUCUACCCUAUGCCCCCGAUAUGAAGAUCUACUGCUUCUACGGCGUGGGCAAGCCUACUGAGCGCAGCUACUGGUACCAGGAGGAGACCGAUCCGCUAGUAAACCUCAACGUCAGCAUCGAUACCACCGUCACCCUGGACGAAAACGUUGACCAUGGCGUCAACAUGGGUGAGGGCGAUGGCACGGUGAAUCUACUUAGCACGGGCUAUAUGUGUGCCAAGGGCUGGCGCAUCAAACGGUAUAACCCAGCCGGCUCAAAGAUCAAGGUCUUUGAGAUGCCACACGAACCGGACCGCUUCUCACCACGUGGCGGACCUAACACUGGCGAUCAUGUCGAUAUUCUUGGCCGUGCCUCUUUGAACGACCUUAUCCUCCGCGUAGCGGGAGGUAAAGGCGACGAUAUCGAGGAAACAUAUGUGUCCAACAUCCGCGAGUACGCGGAACGUGUAAAGAUUUUUGAUGAUAAAUAG